ACAAAAAGACAGUAGCAAUUGAUUGUCAAAAACAGUCCAUAAUAAAAAUGGUGUCUUGGAGCGCUCUGGGCCGAUCUUUCGGCAUUAACUUGUUGAAAAAUAACGCUACAGUCCUAUCCAAACCUCAACAUGUAGCCCUUUCAACAAGUAAAGUAUUGAGCGCAGGCCAUGGUCACAAAACAUUUGUCCUACAGCCUUCCAGAUGGCAGUGGCACAAAUUCAAGGAUAUGUUCCACUUCUACGCCAUGUUGGGACUGAUUCCAGUCGGCGUCAUCAUCUUCGUCACCAACGUGUUCAUCGGACCCGCCACACUGACCCCUAUCCCUGAGGGCUACACCCCCAAACACUGGGAGUACCACCGCCAUCCUAUUACAAGAUUCAUUGCCAGAUACAUACACAACAAUCCCCAGCAGGAUUAUGAAAAGUUCAUGCACUACAUUGACGAGGAGGCACAGAAGCAAAAGCUUCGUAGGUUGGAAAAGCAAAUUAUCAAGAAAAUGGCCGAGCGUCAUGACUACAAGGCAUACUACUACAAACCCAUGGUCAACAAGUACCUGCGCGUCAACAAGAAGACUGGUGACGAGAUGUACGACCGAGUGGGAGACGAUUACUCUGAGUAAAAACUAUUUCGACCUUGUUGCUGACGUAGAAUAUUAUUAGUAAUCAAGUGUAUUGUUACAUAAUUGAAUGUAGAUAAAUAAACCAAUUGAUUGUUU